CCUCGCUGUCUCUUCAACCGGGGGCUGUCUGUCAUUUCUACUGUUUUUUUUUUCUCUGUAUUUUCUGGUGAACGCAACACGUUUCAGUCAUGACUGGCAGGAAAUUUUUCGUCGGAGGCAACUGGAAAAUGAACGGAGACAAAAAGAGCAUAGAAGAGCUCGCCAAUACACUGAAUAACGCCAAACUCAACGCAGACACCGAUGUUGUGUGUGGUGCUCCAUCCAUCUAUCUGGACUACGCCAGGUCCAAGCUGAAUCCUAACAUUGAUGUGGCUGCACAGAACUGCUACAAGGUUGCAAAGGGAGCGUUUACUGGAGAGAUCAGCCCUGCGAUGAUUAAGGACUGUGGAGUUAAAUGGGUUAUUCUGGGACACUCUGAGAGACGCCAUGUUUUUGGAGAGAGUGAUGAGUUGAUUGGGCAGAAGGUCGCUCAUGCUCUUGAGAACGGUUUGGGUGUGAUCGCCUGCAUCGGUGAGAAGCUGGAUGAGAGGGAGGCCGGAAUCACAGAGAAAGUUGUUUUUGGCCAGACAAAGUUCAUCGCAGAUAACGUGAAGGACUGGAGCAAAGUGGUCCUUGCUUAUGAGCCUGUGUGGGCCAUUGGCACUGGUAAAACCGCAUCACCCCAGCAGGCUCAGGAGGUGCAUGACAAGCUCAGGCAGUGGAUGAAGGCCAAUGUCUCAGAAGCUGUUGCCAACUCGGUCAGGAUCAUUUAUGGAGGAUCCGUCACUGGAGGGACCUGCAAGGAGCUUGCUUCUCAGAAAGAUGUGGAUGGCUUCCUGGUCGGUGGCGCUUCCUUGAAAGCAGAGUUUAUUGACAUUAUUAAUGCAAAAGCAUAAGGAGAUAAAGCCACCAUCUACCUAAAGCCUAAGGCUUAGGUCUGUUCCCAAACACUGCUCUUCUUUAGAAAGUGUUGUUGUGGUUUUGUUGCUGUCGCUUCAUUUUUUUUUAUAUUACAAAGGGACAGAUUGCCACACACUGAACACUCAGCUGAGUGUGUUAUUGGCCCUCCAACUAGUUUAGUGAACUACAUGACUGUAAUGAGAACCAUCACGGGGCUUAGAGCCCACACCUUUACUUGAAUAAUAUUAACCAACAUUCUCAUGUAUACAGUGUCAAAAAUCUAGGAUUAAGUCAAUCAACCUCAGUGUCGUUUUAAUUCAAGCGAAAGUACUUUCCAUGAAUGUGGUUGUCCUGAUGUUUUCCUGUCCCUCAAAGAGUGUUUCUCUGAGUGACCUAUCCUGAAGGUGCUCACAUGAAACCAAUAUGUUUUGGUAUAAAGGAUAAGACAAAAAAUAUUCUAAUAAAUGUUUCAGAAUCAUAGACUUAA